AUGCCUGAGCCAGCUAAGUCCGCUCCGGCCCCCAAAAAGGGCUCCAAAAAGGCGGUGACCAAGGCGCAGAAGAAGGACGGCAAGAAGCGCAAGCGCAGCCGCAAGGAGAGCUACUCCAUCUACGUGUACAAGGUGUUGAAGCAGGUCCACCCCGACACCGGCAUCUCGUCCAAGGCCAUGGGCAUCAUGAACUCGUUCGUCAACGACAUCUUUGAGCGCAUCGCGGGCGAGGCGUCGCGCCUGGCGCAUUACAACAAGCGCUCGACCAUCACCUCCAGGGAGAUCCAGACGGCCGUGCGCCUGCUACUGCCCGGGGAGCUGGCCAAGCACGCCGUGUCGGAGGGCACCAAGGCCGUCACCAAGUACACCAGCGCCAAGUAAACAGGUAAAGGAAUCAAAUAAAAAGCUAGAAUUUGGGGGAAAAUGAGAGAGAUUGGGACAGAAGAGUCAUAGGCAGUAGUCUAUCCUCAGAUGACGAUUCAUAAAGACUAAAGUUUUGAAAACUACAAAGUUGAAAAUGUCCCAGCCAAUUCUCCUGCUACUCAGAAAAUUAAACUGCCUAUGGGAUAAACAAAUCAGCAUUUUAUUUAGGGUGUCUUCGUGCUACAUAACUCUUCCCAGUUACAGAAUAUAUAGAUGACCUCACAAUAGAACUAGAAGAGAAAUAGAUCCUGGAUUAGGAGCUAUUUCCUGUAACUGAAAAGACUUUGCCUGCUCCUUAAGACAUGGGUAAUGAAACAACAUGCGCACGAUGUGGGCAAUUGUUGAAGCAUGCGUGAUGGACACUGGGAGGGUGGCACCGAGAGGAAUCAAGCGUUGGCAGGGGGAAAUUCCGGCGCUGAACUGAGGGAACAAGAAGAGAGGGCGUCUGCACGACGGAGGACUCAGCAGCACCGGCCUUCCAUCCCACAGGCUGGAGUGGAUUUAAGAUGCACUAUCGCCAUCUUGUGGCCCAUUAGGAUAAUGAACUAAAACUUUGUUUUGUGUUAUGGUUUCUAUCAGGCAGGCCAUUGCUAGGGUUUAAUAACUGCACAUAAAGAAUACAGUAAACAGUCCUGCUUCCAACCCGGUCCUUAACUGCCCAACUCCCCCGUCAAUA